GUGGCGAAACCGGAGGCAUUACAGACGAUGACUAAUUAGGCUUCAUCUGUUGCUAAAUAGGUUGACCAAUGAAAUCGUCCGACAGCUCAGAGUGUCACAAACUUGCCAGUAAUAAGCGGACCAAUCAAAUUAAAAAUUCGAUAAUUGUUGAAGGUUUUUUGGUUGAUGACGUUACAAGACUCUAUGCUAUAUAAAUGCAUGUGUAGGGCAAGUUGUAUCAAGCAGAUCGACCAAAAGAGGAAAGAACAAAAAAAAAAUACAUUUCUCCACACAAAAAAAACUCGAAAUAAAAACUCAAAACUAUGGCGAAUAUGAUCAUUACGAAACAAUUAAGAUCCAUAAGUUUACCUAAAGGGUCGCAUCCAAGCACGAGUGGGAUCGAGGAAGCUCUUAACAAGGUUAAAACGUUAAACUUCUCCACGAAGAGUUCGUCCGAGUCGAUCUUGACGGGGUUGGCUGGUUUGGAGGAGCUCUAUGAUUGUACGGAUGAGUUUCUAAAAAUGUGUUCAACGCAACGUGCCAUGUCUUCCGUUGGAUCAGAUUUCAUGGAAGAGGUGCUCGAUGGGUCAUUGAGACUAAUGGAAAUAUGCAGCGUCUCGAGGGACCUUAUGGUGGAGACUCAGGAGCAUGUUCGUGAUCUUCAAUCAUGUGUUAGAAGGAAGAAAGUAGCCGGAGGUGGAGAAGACCAACUAACCGUUGCUGUCUCGGGUUAUGUCAAAUUUAGAAAGAACAUGAGGAAAGAAACUAAGAAGCUCCUUGUGUCCUUGAAGUCCAUCGAUGGAGGGUCAAGUUCAUAUGAUCAUGAAGACGAACAUGUUGUGGCGGUUAUAGAUGCGAUGAGACGAGUGGUUUCUGUUAGUGUAUCCGUGUUGAAGUCUUUCUUGGAGGUAUUGUCGGGACGACAAAGUAACUUAAAGAGCAAAUUGGCUUUUGUACUAAAGAAGAAGAAGUGUAAUCUUGAGGAUGCCACGAACGAGUUGGAGAGAUUGGAUUCCGCGAUUAGGGGAGAAUCAUGCACUCGUGAUGAUAUACAAGAGAAGCUUGAGGAGGUUGAGAUGAGCAUUGGCGGGUUCGAGAAAAAUUUAGAAGGGUUGUUUCGAAGGUUGAUAAGAACACGAGCCUCGCUUCUCAACAUAAUCUCUCAUUAGAAGCAUUUUAAAGUAUGUAGACCUCGUUGGCAUUCGACUUUAGAGAACUUGCCGGAGGGAUGCAUAUCUAUGAUUUUUGUAUACUAAUUAAACUGAUACAUGUAGAGAGGCAUUUGCCAAAGAAAAUAGAAACAGUUUUGCAGUUAUUACCUUUAACAAAAAACUUUGCUGUUAUAUAUCCAUGAACGUUAUGAAACAACUUAAUAGCAAUCUGGUUGCUAUACUAAUUUUGACAUAAUUCUGUAAAACGAAAUUUUACUUCUUUUUAUAAAUUUGAACCACUCGUUAAAAUACAAAUGAUUACGAGAUUCUUAGAGCAUCUUUAAACCUACUCUAUUUUUCACUUUA